UCUGAAGCAAACCAAAGAGAACCCUAGCCCUAGGAUCCUUGCCGCCGCCAUCCACAGGUUCUCGGCGCCUCCACUUCUUCUUCUUCCCCCUGUCCGGAACCAGGUAGCUCGACUCGUCAUCCCCAUCUUCCCUGUCUUCUCUGUUCGUGGCUUGGAGCAGCUCGCCUUUGGGUCGCCGCUUGCCGUCGCCUUGCCUAUCGUCGUCGUCUCUCCGGUUGCCAUCCGUGUCUCCGUCGAAGGACACGUGUCAUCACUUCAUUCCCUGGUCAAUCUUAAAACCUAGCCACCAGAGACACAAGCAACUUAUAAUGCAAUUGCAUUUUGAGGGCAUGGACAUGGAGCCUCAACACCCAACAGCGGCGGUCCUCUUGUGUGAGCUGGUGAUGGAGAUCCUCUCUUGGGUUCCUGCAAAGCCUGUCACGCGCCUGAAGCUUGUGUGCAAGUCAUGGAACUCCAUCAUCUCCCACCCUCACUUCGUCAAACUUCACCUUCACCGUUCACCCAAAAAUGCCAUCCUCCUCUUUACGCGAACACCAGCGCUCACCCUCGACCAAAAAGCAAAACGGGGCUUAGUGUUAAGUAGCGUUGAAUCUUUCAUCCAAAAUCCAUCAUCCACUCUUGAUGCUCAAGAGAAUCUCCACUCUCUACACGGACAAGACUGGGUUUCCGGUUCAUGCAACGGGUUGGUUUGUGUGGCCCAUAUUCUUUUCCACCCCAACAACGAUAUUUGCGAUAUCUGGUUCCGUUUAUUGAAUCCUCUCACAGGGUUUAUUUCAGAGAGCUCGCCGUGCUUACGUGUCAAUGUGCAUAAUUCUUCUGGGUUUGGGUAUGAUGAGUCAAGUGACAGUUACAAGGUAGUGACUCUCAUUCGGGAUUCUUCUGGAACAGUUACUACGCAAGUUUAUAGCUUCGGUGGCAGUUCUUGGAAGACGAUUAACAGUUUCCCUGCUUUUCGGUUUUGUGUUGAAGAUAAUGGCCACUUCAUCUGUGGCACUCUUAAUUGGCUAGGUCUCCGUAACCCACAUGGAGGUGAUUAUGAUUGGGCUGCUGUUACACUUGAUAUGUUAAUGAUUGUUUCUUUUGACCUGAAAUCGGAUACACAUAAACAGAUUCUUCUUCCAAAGGGUAACGAUGAGAUCCCCGGUGAAGAGCCAAUUCUGGGAGUUUGGGGAAAUAGCCUGUAUCUUCUUCAUGAUUACAAGAAAACUCAUUUUAUUGCAUGGCAAAUGAAGGAGUUUGGAGAUGAAAAUUCUUGGACUAAAUUGCUAAAGAUUAGUUUUCACCAUCUCGGUGUUGAAAGGCUAUUAUCAGUGUUUAUAUUUGAGAAUGGAAAUAUCUUCAUGUUCAAAGGCAGGCAUCGUUUUGAGGAAGUUUUUUAUGACCGAAGAGAUAAUAGUGUUAAACGCGUUAAUAUCAACAAUCUUGACUUCGAUGCAUUUGAUUAUGUUGAGAGCUUGGUUCAGCCUUGUUAAAAUUCGGUUCCUAUUCAAAGUUUUGCUUCUGCAGCUUUUUGUUCUUCCAACAAAGUUAAGAUCAUUGUGAUUAUUUUGAGUGUUUCCUUACUUUGGCUACUUCUUGUUGUUGGAUCCAAAUUUGUAGACGGAUCACUUUUAUUUUGGCUGCAAACUUUAUAUAUACAGGGUCUGGAAAAUGUGACACCAAUGAUUACAAAGAUAGACCAGAAGAGUGCAAUAGAGCUUGAAUCAUAUGACUUGGGUACAAGAAUGGUAAUUCCUACUAGUAGUAGUUAUAGUGAUUAGAUCUUAGCAUGUUGCAACUGUAAUGUUGAGAACUUUAGAUGACACAACAUGUGCAGCAUGUUACUGCAAGCAUAGGAAUGUAAGCAGUGAAGAUUAAGAACCAAAAUUUUAAAGAACUAGAAGCAGUUAUUAGGUGAUAUAUAUGUGUGGUAAUUCCUUUGCCAAUGUUAUUAGUUCUUUGAAAUAUUUACUUGUUUUCAUAAUUUCCACUGGUGCUAUUAUAUCUUAUGGUCAACUAGACAUUUUAUGACAAUAGCUUGUUAUAUUGAAGACCAAGAGCAAUAUUUUUAA